AUGACACCUCCAACACCAGUCCUGAGCAAGCUACCAGUCGACGCAGAACCGGAGCCUUCACCACCGGUAUCCGGGGCGACCACGCCCUUUAGAUCAACUUCCAGCUGUCCAGCACUGGCAAGGUCAAGAAGUGGAACAGAAAAGCUUCAAGUGGCCCGCUCUAAGGACGGCAAGUCCAGUUUUCAAGGCCGCAACACAACUCCCACCACCGCUCUUCCUUCCUCACAGUCUCCGUGUUUCUACCACAACCGCUUCGACGAUGCCGUCAACAUCGACAAAGCCCUCGAGGAGAUCAAGAACGACGACUGCAUGUCUCACUUCAGACUUGUCCAGACCACCACGGGCGUCCAGGAUAUCAAGAAAAGAGAAAAGGAACCUGGGGAAGAUGUACAGGGAUUGAUGGAUUUGCACGAGAGAGCUUGA